AAGGCUAUUCUCUCUCUCCUCUAGGGGCAGCCGGCAGAACCCAAGGCCAUGUCCCAUGAAAAGAGUUUCUUGGUGUCUGGGGACAACUAUCCUCCCCCCAACCCUGGAUAUCCUGGAGGGCCCCAGCCUCCCAUGCCCCCCUAUGUUCAGCCUCCCUACCCUGGGGCCCCUUACCCUCAGCCCCCUUUCCAGCCCUCCCCCUAUGGCCAGCCAGGGUAUCCCCAUGGCCCCAGCCCCUACCCCCAAGGGGGCUACCCUCAGGGCCCAUACCCCCAAGGGGGCUACCCUCAGGGCCCCUACCCUGAAGGAGGAUACCCACAGGGCCCAUAUCCACAGAGCCCCUUUCCCCCAAACCCGUAUGGACAACCACAGCCUUUCCCAGCACAGGAUCCUGACUCACCCCAGUGUGGGAACUAUCAUGAAGAGGGGCCCCCAUCCUACUAUGACAACCAGGACUUCCCUGCUACCAACUGGGAUGACAAGAGCAUCCGACAGGCCUUCAUCCGAAAGGUGUUCCUGGUGCUGACCCUUCAGCUGUCGGUGACCCUGUCCACGGUAGCCGUGUUCACUUUUGUCGGGGAGGUGAAGGGCUUUGUCCGAAAGAAUGUCUGGACCUACUAUGUCUCCUAUGCCAUCUUCUUCAUCUCCCUCAUUGUCCUCAGCUGUUGUGGGGACUUCCGGCGAAAGCACCCUUGGAAUCUUGUGGCACUGUCAAUCCUAACUGUCAGCCUGUCCUACAUGGUGGGCAUGAUCGCCAGCUUCUACAACACUGAGGCGGUCAUCAUGGCUGUGGGGAUCACCACAGCUGUCUGCUUCACUGUGGUCAUCUUCUCCAUGCAGACCCGCUAUGACUUCACCUCAUGCAUGGGCGUGCUCCUGGUUAGUAUUGUGGUGCUCUUCAUCUUUGCCUUCCUGUGCAUCUUCAUCCGAAACCGCAUCCUGGAGAUUGUAUAUGCCUCGCUGGGUGCCCUGCUCUUUACUUGUUUCCUGGCAGUGGACACUCAGCUGCUGCUGGGGAACAAGCAGUUGUCCCUGAGUCCAGAAGAGUAUGUGUUUGCAGCUCUGAACCUGUAUACAGACAUCAUCAACAUUUUCCUCUACAUCCUCACCAUCAUUGGCCGUGCCAAGGAGUAGCCUGGGCCCUCAGUUCCCUGCUCAGGAGGCAUGGCUAGCCAGGAUCCUUCCCUGGCAUGACAACGCCAACCAUAUUUCUCUCUCUCUGGUUCCCAGGCAUGGCCUGGGGCAGAGCGAGCCCCUCUCUAACCUUCCUAUAUGUACACAGCAGAUAUUUGUUUUUGGACCUGCUGUGGCCACAGCAUGGCCCCUUCUAGCCCUCUCAUCUUGCCAAGGGGCAAUGGGGCCACAUUUCUGUGCCACCUCCUGUCCAGUCAUUUUUGCAUGAGCCCUUUUGCCAACCUAUCCUAGGGUCUGGGGCAAUGCCAGGCCCCAGGGAGAGGGAUCGAGUCAAGAGGUGAGGGUGCACGUCUUCCUCCUGUCCCAGCUCCCCAGCCUGGCAUAGAGUUUCCCCUUUCCCUCCCCACCCCUCAGCACUGUCUUCUGGGAACACGUGAAGUGGGGGUCUCCUGUACUGAGCCCUGAGCAGAGAGGAUGGCAUGUUUCAGGGGAGGAGGAAGCCUUCUGCUCGUUCUGCUGUCACUAAAAUUCCAAUAAACGGAACCUUUUGCUCUCUG